AUGGUGACUCGGGCGGGCCAGUUGCUGUCCCUCCAAAAGGACUUCUCCGUAUGGUACCGGCGCUUCCAGGGGCCUCGGGGAGCUGACUCCGCCCCCUUCCCCUCCCAACGCGAGCCAGCUGUUAUAACGGUCCAGCUCUCCGCUCCGUGCAAACGGGAUAGUUAUUGACGGCGGAAAUGGAAGAAGUUCCCCUUUUUCUCUGUCGCUGCCAAACUAGGCAGGUGGCUCUGUGAUUUCACAGAAGUACAUUUUACAGCCGCGUUGGUGUAAAGCUGCGGUCCGCGGUCCGCGGUCCCAACGCUUGACUUCUCGGAUUGAAACAAAGAUGUUGUAAAUCUGAAGCGUACCUACACUUGAGUUCAGAAGAGGGGUCGCUCGCGUAAUCUCUGCUCCAUCCUUGGACGCUGCCAGAGUUCAUCAUGCCAAGGUUUAAAAAGCCAGGUGCAAUUUUGGAGUGCAUAACAAGGACCUUUUGAAGUCAAGUCAACAGAGCCCGAGAAUGCUACCCAACGUCAAACAAAUGUAAUGAAUGCAUAACAUCAAGCUCUAGUUCCAAUGCAGAUAACGAUUUACACCAAGAAAAUGAUGUAAAAGAAGGUGCCUCCCUACAAACAAAAAGAUACAAUCGUUCUAAAGUGAAAAAAAUCACUACAUAAACAACCUAAGUCUUUUGUCGCAACAGAUGGUGUAAAACAAAUAGUUAAGCCUAGCCUGAAGCAACUGGGUUAUUCAAAGAAAAAAGGAACAGGAAAAUACAAAGGAAUUUCAGACAUGUCUGAGAACACUUCAGAAGUAGAUGAUGCCACUCCCUCAGCUAAAGCAGAAACUGACAAAUCGGAGAGUUCUCCUUCUGUGAUUGCAACCACAGAAAAAAGUGAGAGUUACACAAGGCCAAAACCUGAGAAAAAGAAAGUUUCAACUGAAAAACGUUCAAAACACCACAAAAGACCUUCCAAAGUAAAAGAGAAAUGGGGAAUGCUGUCACCAUACCUGGACAAAAGUGAAUUGAAGUGUGCAUUAGCCAAGCCUUCAGUGAUCCAGUAUGACUACAAGAGUAGAAUUACUGCUAAUGGAGUUGUUGAACCACACAUCUCCUUCAAGAUGGACAACAUGUUACCUGACCGACUUACUAAGCAAUUGGAAAACUGGAACAAAAGAUUUUCUGCAUCACACAAAAAGGGAAGAUCCUAUUCUGAUAGACUACCUGCAGCUAAAGGAGCAAAGCAAAGGGUAACUGUGAAUCCUGUCAUCUCUUUGCUCUUGGCCACCAGGGUGAGAAGGAAUGGGAUUGCACGUGGGCUGUGAGAUGCUUGCCUGGACAUGUUGAAGACACCUUCCCUCUCCCUACUCUCACAACUUAAUCUCACUCCCAUGUUUCUCUCUCUUCUCAUUCAAAAUUCCUUUGUUAACUUCUAUACCUCUACAAGUUGUCAGUUUAUUCAGUUGUUCCCUUGCCUCCAUCUUUCAUGUCUCCAUUUCAUAGAGGUGGUAAUCAUAAAAUCCCUACAGUGUAGAGAUAGGCAGUUCAGCCCAACAAGUCCACACUGACCCUCAGAGCAUCCCACCCAGACCUAUCCCUCUACAACAGCGUUUCCAACCCCCCCCGCCCCAAUUUACACAUCCCUGAACGCUAUGGGCAAUUUAGCAUAGCUGAUCUACCUAGCCUGCACAUCUUUGGACUGUCGAAGGAAACCCACACAGACACAGGGAGAAUGUGUAAGCUCCACAGUCACCCAAGGGCAGAAUUGAACCCAGGUUCCUGGUGUUGAGGCAGCAAUGCUAACCGUUGAGCCACUUACCCCAAUCCUGAUAGUUUUAUUUGUGUGAUAUUGCCCUUACCUUUGUUCUCUCAGAUCUAAGGAGCAGAGCUUUGAGUAUAUCUGUCAUUCAAUUUGUUUAGCCAUCCAUCAACAGAACUAGUCUACGUCAAUUUCAUUUGGGACUCUACCCGCUACCCGCUAUUUUAGGGUUUUCCUGGUGAGCAAAGAUAACUUUUUUUAAAAUACUUUACUUUAAUCUUUAAGUUUUUGAUUGGUAUAGGUAUCAAAGAAAAUCGAAGAAAUGUGUGCAAUUGGAAUUGAAGUGCUGAUGAGCUUCGAUUUGAUUGGUGGAACAGGCUUCUGAGACUAUUUCUGGCUGUACAUUUUUCCAAGUUUAGCAGUGUCUGUAAACCACUCUUUCCUUUCCCAAAACCACUUUUUCCAACAACACAAGUCAAAAGAGUAUGGACUUCGGUAUCAUUUAAAAUUGGGACCAUGCCAUUCAGCUAUUUCUGCUGCUCUUCCCCCUUGCCUUAAACCCAAAUCUCUUUCUAGUUUCUGUCCCAUUUCCUCUAAUGCCAUUCAAUAUGAUCACGGCUGAUGCCACCUCAGCCUCCAUUCCACUUUCCUGCCCCCUCCCCAUAACCCUUCAACCUGUUACUAAUUGAAAAUCUGUCUAUCUCCUCCUCAGAUUUAUUCACUGUCCCAGCAUCUACCACAUCCUGGAAUGUUGAAUUUCACAGAUUCAUGACCCUUUAAGAGAAGUAACUUCUCAUCUUAAUUUUAAAUCUGCUACUCAUUCUAAAACUAUGACCUCUCAUCCUAGAUUGUCCCACAGGACAAAAUAUCUUCUACUUAUCUACUUUGUCAGUCCCCUUCAGCGUCAUACAUACCUUAAUUAGACUUGUGUUUUGUAAUUGCAAUGCAGGUUUUGUGCCUUCUGAAGGCAAAGUUGAGGAUUCAUCCCUUCUAGAGGCAAAUGGAAGCUUCCUGUUUUUCUUGCUAAUAAAAUAAACAAUUUUCUGCCUUUCAUGGCUAAAUAAGCAAUUUCUAUUCUUUUCCAUAACUUCUGUAAACAGUGCUUUGUGCUGCAGCCUUAAUAACCGUAACCAGUACCAUAAUUUACAUCAUGAAUCUUACAUUUUUAGCACCAAUUCAAAAGUCUUUCAAGUAUUUUCUUUUGUUAGACUUGUUUGCUUUAAUUUUUUAAGUUGUCCACUCUGUGUAGAUUUAAUUCUGCUUUGAGACAUUCAUGUCACUGCGACCUUGCUGUAAGUUACUUCUAUGUAUUACUACUUACUAUGGCCAUGUCUCAUGUUAUCUUAGCAAUGCUCAUUUUGAACUGAAAGCCACCUUUGUUUUACUUCUGACAUCCUUGGCCUGUAUUUUCCGUGUUGUUUUGAAGUUCUUCUCUUUGUCCAACAUGGAUUUUUAACUUCAUUCAUGCAUUUCUGAUACCUUUGCAUCUGAGCCAAACUCUAACCAGGAAUGCACACACACAUUCUCACUGUAAACGAAUGGUCUUUGAACUGUUUCUAACUUGAACUGCUGCUCUGUGCUUCUCAAGAUCUGAAAGAAAAGCAUUAGCUGUUGGGGAGUGCAUUAGGGAGUGCUGUUUCUUCCUUGUCGAUCCUUCCUUGAAUUUCUGCUGAUUAGCUUGUUUGUUUAAGUACUUACAGCUACAGACUCUGAGUAUUCUUAAAAAAAGUAGUCUUUAAAGCUGUAAACACAUGUCUCCUGGAAUCUAAUGUCUUCUGGACCUAAUGAUUUUUUUUUUCUCUCACCAAAUUUCCUUGCAUUAAGCAGCAAUGCUCACUGCUGAUGUCCAUGAUAUCUUUAUCAGAAGAAAGAUACUACUACCAAUCAUCUUUCUUUGACUGGAUCCAGGGUCCUGUUUGAUUUUUUUUUACAGUGGCAGAGGAUCAACCACGUUUGAAUCUGAACAAUAGCAAAUUGUUUCUCUCAAACAUAUAGUUUAUUGCAUGACAACAAUUAUGCACAUGUUACAUGUACAAGAUAAACCUCCUGUAGAAGUCUGUAGUGUCACAGAUGCCAAUCUCUAGCCAAUUUGAUUCGCUCUACAGGAUAUGAAGAAAUAGCUCGAGGUACUGGAAAUUGAAAAGGCCAUGGGCCCUGACCACAUUCUGACAAUAGCACUGAGGAUGUGUGCACCAGAACUUGAGUGGACAAAAUAAGGCAGAGUAAUAACAUGGUAAAGUUAGGUUGUCCGUUUUGACAGGAAGUAUAGAAAAGUAGAGAAUUACUUAAGUGGGGAGAGAUCCCUGAAGGCUGUGGUGUCCUAGUACAUGAUUCACAAAAAGUCAGCGUGCAGAUACAGCAAAGAGUUAAGAAGGCGAAUAGAAUGUUGGGUUUUAUCCGAAAGUGAUGGAUAUAAAAGUGGGGAAGUCUUGCUACACCCGUAGACGAUAUUCAUUGGACCGUAUCUAAAUAAACCUAAUUAAGAAGGCAGUUAAGUGAAGGGGUUGUCUAUGUGCACAUGUUGAGCAGCUUGGGUUUUUUGGUCAUUGGAGUUUAGAAGAAACAUACAAGAUUCUGAAUGGAAGUAAGACACCGAACUGCAGAUGCUGGAAAUCAGAAACAGUAACAGAAAUUGCUGGAAAAAACUCGGCAGGUCUGGCAGUAUCUGUGGAGACUAAGCAGAAUUAACAUUUUUUUUGGGUCUAGUGACCCUUCUUCAGAAUGGGAUUCUGAGGGGGUUUAAUAGGAUAGAUGCUGAGAAGAUUCCCCAUUUGUUUGGGGAGUCAAGAAGCGGGUAGCACAGCUUCACAAUAAAGAUCUCCCAUUUAAGAUGGUGAUCUUAAAUUCCUGUUCAUAGUAUGAAACAAUUCUCUUAUGUCAACAGAGGUAACAUCAAUAGACUGAUUUACCUGUAUUGCUUUGUCCAUGAUUUGAGGAAGUUCAAUAAAAUACACUGUUAUUGUCACUGUGCUACUUUUAUAUACACCAUUAAUCUUCGAGGUUAUUGCAUCGGGACCAUGUACUUCUAUCUUAGUAUGCUGUAAUGUCUUUGAAAAGACAAGCUUAAAAUUAACUCUAUGUUCAUUAAUGUAAACAAACUGUGAAAGUUAGUUUAGUUAAAUCAUUAGUUUUAGUAAUGGUAAUUUCUCUCUAGAACGUCUGAUAUAUUUUUGGCUGAUAUCCUACCAUUACAAUGUGCUAACGCUGGUGCUGUAAAAGUAUUAACUGCUUUAUAAUAAUAGUUUGUUCCUUUUUGCUAUUACGCACUACUUCUGCACAUAUUCUGGGUGUGAUCUACAGUGUUAUAGACGUAGCAUUCUUUUGUCAUGUUUGGGCAAUGCUAUCAGCUUUGUUGUUCUGCAGUGCUGACACUGACUCGUGAAAUGUGGCUGUUCUGUGUUGGCUUUUCAAGUGCCAUUUUGGAUUGUCUGCACCUUUAUAAAGUGAAUGGUUUCUGUUACACUCCUGUGGGAGAUUUGUUAUUCUUCUAAGAGAAUCUGUCUUAAGUCUUUCUGGUCUCUCCUUUCAGAAUGAUUUGAAUAGAUUUUUACAAAGUUAACUCUCUUCUUUGGAUUGUAAGAAAUUUGACAAGACUCAUCAGUAAUUCCAAGAACAAUUCUGCCUGUUGUGAAUUCUGAUUUCAAAGGUCCAUAGUCAUAGUUUUCAGCAAUCUGUAGAGGUCAUUAAUGAAAGCAUCUACGGAUUUCCGUGGAAUUGAACUGAACUGGUUUAAAUCCCUAGUGCCCAGAUCAUUAAAAAUCUCAAGUUGUUUGAACCUCCUUCAGUUUUAUAUUCCUUUUCCAAGUAUUUUAAUUUUUGCCUUUAUAGAUGUAAAAUGAAGACUGCGGAUUUUUGCUUCUGCUGCCCAGAUUGUAAAUAAUUUUUCUGGCCCUUGAUCUUAUCCCUUGCAGAUGACCCUUGUGGGACAUAUUUACAAUGAUAGUAUUACUUGGUUUGGGAGGUGGGAGUUCUUUUCUUCCCUUUCCUCCCCUGUCUUAACUUUGCACUGUUUGUUUACUGAAAGGAAAUGGUUUUGGGGGGAAUUGUUUAAGGUAAUGGAUCGGAAAGAUUUCACAUUAAGUUGCAUUGGGAUCCACCUGUUCUUAUGAUGUCCCAUAGUCUCUGGACGGACAAACACAUAGCCACACACACAAGAUCUCCAUGGUGGCAAGUGUGACAUUACAGGUAUCAGGGACCAGAAAUUAUCAGCAGGGAUGAUAGGUGUCACACAUUAGCAACAAAACAUUAGUGGUUGUUAACCAGAAGACACAGCAUGCUGGUACUUAAGAAUAUGAUGAAAUCCCUUAUGUUUUUGAAAAUUUCUAUUAAAUCAUUUCUCAUAGCUUCUGUAAUCUAUCCAAGUAACUGAAGUCCCUCAUCCCUGCAGUGAUUCUUGUGAAUCUUUUUCACAUCCUCUGUAGUGAUUCCAUAUCCUCCCUACAAUGUUGUGCUAAGAAUUGCAUGCAAUAUUUUAGUUGUUUGAAUCAAUAUUGUGUAUAAACCUCCACACAUUAUCCAUUUCAGAUCUUGGGUAAUGCUGACACUGGCUUUAGUGAGUAUUGACAAUAGCCAUGGCCUCUUAGGUUGAGCUUUGAAGUUGGAGCAGCCAAAUUACAUUUGUCUUAGUUACAAUUACAGGGCUCUGAAAAUGAAAUUUCAAAAAGAUUAGUUUACUUAAGCUGCUGUGGCUUAAGUAUGUUAUUACUUUGCACGAUUGUGUAUGAAAACUGUCAGCAUGAGUAAAAAUGGUUGGGAGAAGCCCAAAGUGUUAAACGGUUAAUUUAAUCCAUUAGAGUUUAAAAUUAGUUUUAAAUCUUUCG